GCACAAGAUUUGGGGGGGCUGUUCCCUGGCAGACUUUCUGAUAACACCCCCGGAACCACCUCUGCUGCUAACAGGUCUCUCCUCAGUAUUCCAGUUCCGAAGUGCUUCUUACAUUUAUUCUAUUUUCUUUUUCUUUUUCGGGAUCCAGAUUCGCAAGCAUGGGUUCCCAAAGCAGCGAUUCCGGCGAGAGUCCUUCUACCUUACUUUCGGCCGGUACUGCCGCUGACGGAGUCCGUCAUGUUUCCGUCUCCGUGGCGGCUGACGGAUUGCAUCGCCGGUCAGCUGACGUCAAGCGCGGCGGCGAAACUAAGGAGAAUAGGCAGGUCGCGGCAAGCGGGAUCCUGGAGGUUCCGAACGCCGGCGAUUCCGAGCAGCUAAGCAGGACAUCGAGCGAUCGGGAGAGCGACCGUCAAUGGCGGCUGGACCACAGCCAGUUCGCCGCUGCCAGGAGGGAUCUAGGCAACGGUAGUAGCGGCUUGGGAAGAAUGGGAAUUCUCCGAGUAAGCAGCACGGACGACGCGAUCAACGGGUACUACCGGCGGCAGAACGAGAUGAUUGACGGAUUCAGUGAGAUGGACGCGCUCAGUGAACGUCUGCUGCGACCCACUGCUGAGGAGGUCAGAGCAGCCGCCACGAGAGCGCGAGGCGAGCACUGGGCGAUUCAGAUCUCCAACAUUGCUAACAUCAUCCUCUUAAUUGUCAAGGGGGUGGCGUCCAUCGAAUCCGGCAGUCUGUCCAUCAUCGCGUCAACGCUCGACUCGCUGCUGGACAUGCUAUCGGGCUUCAUCCUCUGGUACACGGCUCGCUCCAUGCGCCGCCACAACCCCUACAAGUACCCCAUCGGCAAGGCGCGCAUGCAGCCCCUGGGCAUCAUAGGCAUCAUAGUGUUUGCGUCCCUCAUGGCCACUCUCGGCUUCCAGAUUCUGCUGGAAGGCGUCAGGCAACUCGCAUCCUCAGUAAGGGCUGGCUCGCAGACUCGUCGCACGAUGCUGGUGUGGGCAGCAAGUGACAGGUGGACGCCGGGAUCAUUCUUUCGCAUCUACUCCCCGAACCACGAAUCCAGCCUGGGCAACAAGUGGCAGGUGUACGUGGGGAUCAUGGUGUUCGCAAUCGUAGUCAAGGCUGCCCUCUACAUCUACUGCCGCAUGUUUCCCAACAACGACAUCGUCAUGGCAUAUGCCCAGGACCAUUUCUUCGACGUGGUGACCAACGUCGUUGGGCUGGGUGCUGCUGUGCUUGCGGGGCUGUUUGCCUGGUGGAUCGACCCUGUCGGCGCUAUUCUGCUCGCCCUCUACACCAUGAUCAACUGGGGUCGCACGGUCCUGGAGAACGUCAACUCUCUGACGGGGCGGUCGGCGCCGCCCGAGUUUCUGCAGAAGAUCACGUACCUGUGCUGGAACCACCACGAGGCCAUCCUCGCUAUCGACACCGUGCGCGCCUACACCUUUGGCACGCUCUACUUUACCGAAGUAGACGUCGUGCUACCCAGAGAGAUGCCACUCGAGGAGACGCAUGAUAUAGGAGAGGCCCUUCAGAACAAGCUGGAGAGGCUGCCUGAGAUCGAGCGUGCCUUUGUGCACCUGGACUACGAGGUCGAGCACCGACCGGAGCACCAUCAGCACUCCUCGUUCCCCGCCCCCCCCGCUGCACCCACCAUCACAACCCUCCCUCCUCCUGACACUCCCACUAGGUGAUACAUAUCAAAACCUUUUGCCAACUGUUUGGCUCAUCUGCAUUGGACCCCUGAAAGUACCGUAGCGAAAACGUUGACGUUUGGACAUGUCCGAAUCAGGGCCCCAGACAUCAGACUGGUUUUUUUAGGUUCAUCUGAUUUCUAAGAGCACCUGUUUAUUUCGUCUAGUCGUUAUAUCGUGAGGAAAAGAUGAUGGGAGAAGGUGUCCGAACUCAGUCACUAACCACUGAGCUAAAAGGGCUUUUUUAGUAGUGCGCCCAUAACCCCCCAGUGAGAGAGAUGGCAUGUAGCCCUUCCCUGAGGAUCAAGGGCAGGCCCAGCGUGUCUCUUGACCAGGCCCCUAGAUGUCAGCCUUU